GUUCUUGACGAAAAUAACGACGAAGUCCUAAAUUCAUCAAGUUAUCAUGAAGAGCAUCAUAAUAGGAUCACAUUUGGACCUCUUAUUCAAGAAACGCAAGAAUGUGAAGGCAAAUACAAUAAAGUUAACGAGAUCGAAGUUUUGGUGAAAACACAUAAGAUAGAAGUUUUUGAAUGCACACAAAUAGAAGUUUUGCAAACUAUAGAUAUAGGUGCGUCUGCGACUGUUUACUCUGUAGGCAUCCAACGACAAAAGUAUGCAUUGAAAAGCCUUAAUAUUAAUACAAAUUGGAAUAGCGAAAGAUUCAUUAAUGAG